AUGUUUAAGGUCGCUGCCCCUUGGGGCUUCCAUGGCUCGGACAUCUUUGCCUUUGAGCAGGAUAUGAAAGUCAAGGCACAGCAACGCUCCAACAUCCGACGCCAGAGGAAACUGUUCGCACGCAACACACACAAGAUUCCUUUCAACUUCAGAUCCACCCAGCAACCGGGCGUCAUGUCGAGUGAGGAUUGGUCUUUGGCCGUCAUUCCAGACGGGGUCCAAGACAGUUUCGAGGCCCAGCAGCUUCGGAACAGAUACCUAGCUGGCACCGCGGGCAGCCCGUACGUUGACCCUGAUCAUGGCAUAUUCUUUGCGAGAAUGCAACGGCUUGAUGGUUCUAUGAACGGCAAACGACAAGUCAUGGAUCAGAAUCAAACAUGGCAGCCCUUUGAGGUGGCCGAUACCACCGACGUCCAGUCCAUGUUCGCUCCGAUGCCGUAUCAAUACGAUGUCUCGUCUAUUGAUGGCCUUCCACUGUCGAACUCCAACGCCUUAUGCCAUGGCAUGUCCACAUCCUCUCCCGUCUUCACGGCAUCGGACGCAGGCACUAGCUUCGGCAGCUUCUCUUCUGCUGGUGCUCCUCCCAUCUUGCUCGACUCUUCUUCCUUCAGCUCGGCGGACGGCAGCGCCAUCAUCACCAGUCCUUCAGACCAGUUCGAGUAUGCCAAUUCGCCCUUCGCCUCUUCAUCCAUGGUAACUGAAGACUUCAACGGCAUCGAGGCGGCUCCCCCAUCACCACCACCAUUCUCCGAGCCAAACUCCAUCCUCUUCUUCCCUACGCCGCAGGAGCAGCUCGUCGAGCACCAGCACCAGGUGGAUAGCCAACAGGUGGCCAUGAACACAGCCGUCCUGGAAGGUGGCCAUGGCAGCUUCAGGGGUAUCAAAGCCGAGCAACAAGUCUUGAUGUCGAGGCCUAGGAAGGAGCUCCCCGAGAAGCCGCGCUCAUCGCGAAACGAUACCAGUAGUUCCUCCCGUCGCAGGGCCUCUCCGGUUCGCAAGCCUGUUCCCUCUACGCACAAGACUGAGCUUCGCCCGAAGCAGCCGAAGCCUUGUCCGGCACAGCCUGCUACAGUUGAUCUCGCAGAGCGUUCGGCCAAGGACGAAUACCUUCUCAAGGCCAAGCAAGAGGGCCUGACGUACCGCGAGAUCCGGGUCAAGGGAAACUUCAGCGAGGCUGAGUCGACUCUUCGUGGACGUUAUCGCACCCUUACCAAGAGCAAGGAGGCACGGGUUCGCAAGCCUGAGUGGACCGACAAGGACGUCCACCUGCUUCAGAGAGCCGUCCGCAAGUUCGCCAAGGGUAGUGAUCCCUCUUCCACCAAAAUCCCCUGGAAGCAAGUCGCCGAAUACAUCCAAAGGAACGGCGGCUCCUAUCUCUUUGGCAACGCCACUUGCCGCAAGAAGUGGGACGAACUUGUGCUGGUUGCUUCGGGCCACCAGAUAGGUGUAUACGGCGCGAUGGAGUGA